GUGUGAAGGAGAAUUGGACAAUGUUCAUACUUAUCUUUACUAUUUAUUAAUUCAUAUUCAUGUUGAUAUUGUUCAGUAUUCUUUAUGAGUCUGUUUCUGCUUCUAAGCAUUUCAUUAUGUUGUUUAUUUCUUCCUGUUACUGUUGUUGAUUGAUUGAACUGUUCUGUCAGAAACACAUUUUCCUGUUUGCAGGACAAAUAAAGGAAGUUCUGAUUCUGGUUCUGAUUUACUCGAGUACUGUGCGGAAACAUUUUCUUUGGGCUUGACUGGAGUAUUUCCGUGUCACAGAACUUUAAACUACAUCUCAGAACUGAAUGUUGCACUUUUUACUCCACUACAUUUGUCUGACAGCUUUAGUUACUCGUUAUUUUUCAGAUUACUUCCUGUCCAAAUGUGUUGAUGUUGAACUAUUACAAUUAAUUGCUCAAUAACAGUAGUUAAAGUAGUUAAUUAGCCCGUUAGAGCUUCUUAUCUGUGACAUCAGAGGCCGACAGGAGCCGACGGAAGCCGACAGGAGCCGAGCAGCUGACAGGGGGCUCCCCCCUCCUCUUCCUCCUCUUCCUCCUCCUCUCAGCAUCAUUCCCGGACUCAGAGGACGUGAGGAUGAUCCCGCUGCCCGCCGCUCUGUGACUGGGGAGGCUGAGCAGAAAAGACCCGGACCCGGAGCAGAACCUGUACCUGAUGAUCAGGUGGACAGCUGGAACACACCUGUCUGACGUCUUAAAGGGACAACACACUGUUUCUGAGUUGAGCCAUGCCGUUGGUGAAGCGGAUUAUUGAACCCAGAUAUCUGUGUCGCGGCACUCUGCCUGAUGGAGUCGCCAGUGAGCUGGAGUGUGUCACCAACAGCACAUUGGCUGCUGUCAUCAAACAGCUGGGAGGACUCAGUCGUCAUGCGGAGGACAUCUUUGGUGAGCUGUUCACGGAGGCCAACAGUUUCUACCUGAGGAUGAACAGUCUGCAAGAGAGAGUCGACCUGCUGGCAGUGAAGGUCACACAGCUGGACUCCACUGUGGAGGAAGUGUCUCUGCAGGACAUCAACAUGAGGAAGGCCUUCAGGAGCAGUACCAUCCAGGACCAGCAGGUGGUGUCACGGAGCUCCAUCCUCAACCCAGUGCUGGAGAUGUACCAACGCUGUGACAAACCACCGCCUCUCAACAUCCUCACACCCUACAGGGACGAUAAGAAGGACGGUCUGAAGUUCUACACUGACCCGUCUUACUUCUUCAGUCUGUGGAAGGAGAAGAUGCUGCAGGCCACCGAGAACAAACGCAAAGAGAAGAGAAGACAGAAGGAGCAGAAGCAUGUGGAGGAGUCUUCGGGUCGGGAAGUGAAGAAGGUUCGGAAAGCUCGUAACAGGCGGCAAGAGUGGAACCUCAUGGCGUACGACAAGGAGCUCCGCCCAGAUGCUCGAGUAACACCUUCACCUUACCACACGUCCGACGGCUCGAUGUCACCUGACAGGUUGGGGAUGUCAGAUGACCCCACCAGCUCCCACCACCAUGAUGCCCAGGGGCAUGAUGGGAAGGAUCAUGUGGCCAUGGCAACAGGAAGUGGUCAAACUCAAUCACUGGACCGCGCGCUCCGACCCGCCUCCACUGCAGUAGCCACAGCAACUACCCGGCAACACUCGCUGGGUCGCAACCAGCCGCAUCAUCACCACCCGCCACUGGCAGGCUUGGCCAAUCAGAACGGAGCACGGACCAAUGAGGAGGCCAAUGACCAUCAGAUCCCUCCAGCCCCCCCGCCACCCCCCCCUCUCAUGCCGUCAGCGUUCCCCAACAGCUCCACCCAUGCCGCUGCUAUGGCAACGCCACUGCAUCCUGCAGCCGCUCCUGGUAACCAAGGUGGCGCUGCUGUUCUCACACGCCCCUACAGUCCAUCACCUCCUCCGCCUCCCCCUGCUAACUACGUCCCCUCCCCCUCCCGUCCCGGAGGCCAGGUGCUGCCCUCGGCUGGUGCCGCACCUCCACUGCCCCCAGCGACAGACGGCAGGAAGCCGGCCAGCGGGCCGAUAAACGACGCCCGCAGCGACCUGCUGGCCGCCAUACGCCGAGGGAUCCAGCUGAGGAAGGUUCAGGAGCAGCGAGAGCAAGAGGAGGCCAAGAAACGAGAGCCGGCAGGAAAUGAUGUCGCCACCAUCCUGUCGCGUCGCAUUGCUGUGGAGUACAGCGAAUCAGAGGAGGAGUCUGAACCUGAGGACCAGGAUUGGUCUGACUGAGGACACAUGGAGACAGAAUCCAGAUCCUCCCUGACAGAACCCUGGAACAGGACAGGACUGGAGUCUGUUCUGCAGGGAUGAUCAGAGAUUUUCCCUCCAGAAAAAUAUUUAGAUAAACAUGUUGAUUAUGUUACUUUAUUACUUUAUCGUGAUUAUUAAAUGUUACCUCAUUAAUAAUGUAUUUAUUCACUUUAACCUGCUGGGGGCAGAGCCUGAAUGUGGUCCAACAUUUGGUCCACAUGGGGACAUCCUGACAGAUCCUGGUCCAGUUUCUGAUGGUUUAUAUCUGGAGACGUGAGGUCGUCAGAGUGUUUGUCAAUGAUCGUUGAUCACUGAUCAGUGAUCAAUGGGUUGUCCAGCAGUUGGCGCUGAGUCUGCUGUUUCACUUCCUGUUCAGGUCGAAACAUUUGGUCUCAUUCUCAGUUUAGUGUUUUACUGAUUUACUGUUUGGACUGAAAAGCUGAACUUAUUAUUGAUUUGACUUUGAAUAGAGGUUCAUGUUUGAUUCUUACUAUAUUCAAGUUUUUCUGAAUUUGUCUUUUUUUUAAUCUUUUAUAAUUUCGGGUGUUUCUUUGAAUUGAUUUUUGGUGCAUGUCAGUGACGUGGACAGAUUUAGUUUCCUCCUCGUAUUCCUGCUGCUGGCUUCAGCACACCAUCAUUAGUUGCUAUGGUAACCAGAGACAGACUCGUUAGUGAUAUAAUUGGACUUUUUCCUUUAUGUUCCUGAGUUUGAAGAGAAAGACAGAAGAUGAUCUCUGACACAUUUCUUCAUUAAUUAUUGAUGACAGCAUGUGACCUGAGCGUGGUGCAGAUGAGUAUUGGUUAUUGAUUGAAGUGAUGACAUCAGCGCUCUCUCUGUUUCAUCCAUUGUUGUGAUGUCAUUGCUGCCACUGCUGAUGUAAACAAUGUGGUGGAGAAAAAAAGGGACGUGUACUUCCUGUCCUGUACCAUCUGUGAUUGGUAGAGAUUUGUUGAUUUAUUAAUUAUUGAUCUGUGCUGUGUGUUCCUGGCUCUGUGAUUUGCAUGUUGGUGGUAAAAUAACAAAAAUCAAAUGACUGUGAAAUAUUCUGUCUUCAAAAGAGAAAACUGACUGACAGAACCAGCUGUCGGCCAUGUUGUUCUGUCUCAUUUAGUGACAUCAGCUGAUGGAUUUUUUUUAAAUGACAGUGUGUAUUGAUUAAUGAGAAGAUCAGUUUAGACACAUUUAUCUUAAUUUUAAUGAAUAAAUGGUAUUAUUUUAAACUUUGGAUGAAAUAAAACUGUAAGUAGUGGCA